UAUCGACCAGCCGGACACCGAGCAGCUGAUGUUCUCCUGGUUCUUCCCUCAUGAACAGCGCCCUCUCCUGGGAGCCUCCAGUAACAGCAGACAUUGUGAAGCUCAAUCUGGAAACAUGGAGGAUUUUUCUUCUUCUGCAUCGACUGAAUGACUCUGGACUUCCUGUUCUGGUUGGUGAUGAGAGCAGAACCAGAACCGAUCAUUUUGAUCAUCAUGGCUUCAUGGAAAAGCUCAGCAGGAAGUGAUGGAGGAAUCCUUCAGGUGUGUCUCCCUCUGUGACCCUGAGGGUGUCCACGCCUUCAUCCUGGUCCUACCUGUGGGUCCCCUCACUGAUGAAGACAAGGGAGAGUUACACACCAUGCAGGACACAUUCAGCUCCAGAGUCAAUGACUUCACCAUCAUCCUCUUCACUACAGACUCAGAUCCUGAACAUCCAGAUGUUGGUAACUUUAUAGAGAACAAGGACAUCCAGGAUCUCCUCCAGAUCUGUGGAGGAAGAUAUUUAGUUCUGGACAUCAGAGACAGACGGCAGAUUGAAGGACUGAUGGAGACGGUUCAGACGAUUAGAGGUGAAAAGACCAGCGUUUUCUCAACACACCUUUUCACCAAGGUGUUGAUUGAGAGGAUUUUAAAAGCAGAACUACAGGAUGUGAAACAGAAGAGUGAAGAUGAGCAUCAGUCAACAAAACAACUCAGGAAAGAGACAGAAGAAGUAAAGAAAAGAGAAGAAGAGCAGAAGAAAAAACACAGAGAAGAAAUUAAAUCUCUGCAGUCUCAACAUGAGCAGCAGAGAAAACAACAAAAUCAGCUGCUGAAGGAAAAGAAUGAAAUAAUUGAGAAAGAACGCGAGAUGAGAAAGAAGGAGCGAGAAGAAGAGGGGAAGAAAUGGAGGAAACAGGAAGAACUGCAGCGAAAAGAGUGGAAACAAAAACUAGAAGGUUCAGAAAACCGAGUGAAAGUUGAGCGAGAGCAGAGAGAGGCGGCUGAGAGGAGGCUGGAGCAGAGCAGGCGGGACCGGGCCAGAGACCGGGUCGCUUGGGAAAAGGAGAAGGACGGCAUCCUGGAGCGGAUGCACCAGGAGCUGAAGCAGAACCUGCAGGAGACCAAGCAGAACCUGGAGGAGGAGCGGGACCGGCACCGGAAGCUGCUGGAGGAUUUCUACCAGAAGAGGAGGAAGUGGACCAACCUGGGCUUCACUCUGCUGCUGUCAGUGUGUCUGGUUUUAUUAUAUCUAUACCACAGCCACUAGCUGCUGGACCAGAACCGGA